AUUCAAGAUGGCAGACAUGCCGCUUGAACCGCGAUAGUAUGGAAUAGUAAGUUUACGUUUUAGGUGUGUCUUUUUAGAUAAUCGAACUAUAAUGUCUCCCGAAAUAUUGACUGAAAGUCUAUACGAAUAUAUCGACAAUGUGAAACAACGUUCGCGUAUUCUGUGUGCUAGGUUUAGGUAACAUUUAUGCCGAAACAUAUGUAAAACGGUGAUCGAAAUUAUUGUGUUAUUAAGUGUACCGUGUACGAUAGUUAUUCGUGUUUGAUGUUAAAUUAAAAUGUGGAAUAUGAUGUGCGACGUGAUGCCCACGAUAUCUGAAGACAGUAUUAGUCAACGGAGUUCGCAGUUCUCUGGCGAGGAUGCGAAUUUCGAACAACUUAUGGUUUCGAUGUUGGACGAGCGAGAUAAACUGGUGGAAAGCUUGCGUGAGACGCAGGAGCGGCUCGGGGAUACGGAGCUCCGGCUGAAGGAUGUGGAAAAAGAGAGGGAUUCGUUGCAGAGACAAAUUGCAGCCAACUUACCUCAGGAGUUCGCAACGCUCACGAAGGAGUUGAACCAGGCGCGGGAGCAGCUGCUCGAGAGAGAGGAGGAGAUAUCGGAGCUAAAGGCGGAGAGGAACAACACCAGGUUACUAUUGGAGCACCUAGAAUGCCUGGUGUCGCGGCACGAGCGCUCGCUGCGCAUGACCGUCGUGAAGCGGCAGGCGGCCGCGCAGUCGGGCGUCUCCUCCGAGGUGGAGGUGCUCAAGGCGCUCAAGAGUCUGUUCGAGCACCACAAGGCGCUGGACGAGAAGGUCCGCGAGAGAUUACGAGUUGCGUUAGAGAGGAACACGGCGCUGGAGGAGGAGUUGGCUUUAACCAAAGAAGAAUUGCAGCAAUACAAAACGUCGUCGGGGCAAGACGACAAGCCGAAAGAGAACGGCACCGCGUCCACUGGCUCGCCCGAGCAGAACGGCGAGCAGAUACAGGCUAAGGAGAGUAGUGUUAACGGUGAGUCGGAGAGUGGCAAGAAACUAACUGAGCUACAAAACACGAUCGCUAAACAGUCAGCAGAGUUGAGCUCGUGGCAGCGGCGCGUCGCCGAACUGAACAACAAGGUGACGGACCUCGAGGAGAGAUUGACUAAAGGGGAGAAGGAGUUGACGAAGAAGCAAGAGGAGUGCGCGAAACUGCAGAGGGACCUGAGGGAGAACGUCGCGCAGAAGGAGGAUCAGGAGGAAAGGAUAGCCACGCUCGAGAAGAGAUACCUGAACGCGCAACGCGAAUCCACUUCCCUUCACGACCUCAACGAGAAGCUAGAACAGGAGUUGCAGCACAAACAAGCGCAGCUCAAGGCACAAGAGAGACAUGGAUCGGCCGAGGAUCGCAUCCAGAGACUGGAGGCGAGCGUGGAGGAGAAGAACGCGGAGCUGAUGAGGCUGAACCAGAGGCUGAGGAUGAACGAGGAGCACAACACCAGGCUCUCGGCGACCGUGGAUAAACUCUUGUCUGAGUCUAAUGACAGAUUGCAAGUCCACCUCAAGGAGAGAAUGCACGCGUUAGAAGAGAAGAACGCGCUCACGCAAGAGCUGGAGAAGACGCGCAAGUACGCGGACGAGCUGCUCGCCGACAAGCAGGAGAUACUCAAGGAGCUCGCCAAGUGGCGGAUGGAGACGGAGCAGAUGAAGCGGCAGAUGCUCCAGCAGGAGAUCGCGUUCAACAUCCAGCAGACGGACGCGCUCACGCGCUCGCUGUCGCCCGCCGCGCCGCAGCCGCCCGCGCUCUUCCAGCCCAAGUUGGACGGAUCGUGGGAGAAAUUACAGCAGGCGCACGUGCUCGCCAACGUGCAACAGGCCUUCGACGUGCCGAGCGAUGCGGAGAACGACGAGUCGGAGGGCGCGGAGGGGCACACGGACGCGGCCGCGCUCGCGCUCAUGCUGCAGGAGCAGCUCGACGCGAUCAACACCGAGAUCCGGCUCAUCCAGGAGGAGAAGCAGAGCACCGAGGCGCGGGCGGAGGAGCUCGAGUCGAGGGUGGGCAGCUACGAGCACAUGAACGUGGUGUCGCGGCGCGCCGAGUCGCCGCCCGCCGCCGCCUCGCCCUCGCGCCCGCACCUGCAGCACCACAAGUACCACACCGCGCCGGCGUCCAUGUCGCCGGCGCACGCGCACUACCGCGCGCCGCCCGCCUCCGAGAGCCUGCCCGCCAGCCAGCUGUGCGACGAGGGCGUGGGCGGCGUGGGCGUGGGCGGCGGUGUGGGCGUGGGCGUGGGCGAGGGCGCCGAGUCGCCGCUGACGGCGCGCUCGCUGCGGCUGGAGCGGGCGGCGCGCGCGAUCCACGCGGAGCGGGACCGCCUGCGGACACACUACCCGGCGCCCUACGACUCGACAUCUAUAAUGUCGGGGAGUCUGGCUCGGAUCCCUAUGCACAGCAGUUCAAGCCAAGAGUCGCUCGGCGGGGGCACAGUAGUGGGCGGUACGGGUUGGGGCGGCGCCUCCCCGGGCCUCCCGCGGGUGUCCUCCGCAGCCUCCGCGGUGUCCAUUGCGUCGAUGCACCAACAGAAGAAGAGAGGCAUCAAGAGCUCGCUGGGGAGGUUCUUCAGCAAGAAGGACAAGGCCGGGAUGCCGGUGCAAGGGCAAAGCGGCAGGACGCUGUCCUCGGUGUCGUCGCUCGGCCUCUCGUCGCUAGCAGAUGACGAGGGCCAGCCGGCCAGCCAGCUCGCGCAGCCGCCGCUGCAGCAUCAGGACUACGCCAGGACCAAGAGCAAGGACCGCGACUACCGGCACGAGCUGCUGGGCGAGGCGAUGCGCGCCGGCACGCCCUUCGCGCUGUGGAACGGGCCCACCGUGGUGGCGUGGCUCGAGCUGUGGGUCGGCAUGCCCGCCUGGUACGUGGCCGCCUGCCGCGCCAACGUCAAGUCCGGCGCCAUCAUGUCCGCGCUCUCCGACCAGGAGAUCCAGCGCGAGAUCGGCAUCAGCAACCCGCUGCACCGGCUGAAGCUGCGGCUGGCCAUCCAGGAGAUGGUGUCGCUGACGUCGCCGUCGGCGCCGCGCGGCACGGCCUGCGCCGCGCUCGCCUUCGGGGACAUGAACCACGAGUGGAUCGGCAACGCCUGGCUGCCCUCGCUCGGUCUGCCGCAGUACCGCACCACGUUCAUGGAGUGUCUGGUGGACGCGCGCAUGCUGGAGCACCUCACCAAGCGCGACCUGCGCACGCAGCUCAAGAUGGUCGACAGCUUUCACAGAACGUCGCUGCACUUCGGCGUGGCGUGCCUCAAGCGGCUGGGCUACUCGGUGCGCGCGCUGGAGGAGCGGCGCCGCGCGGCCGAGCACGGGCUGCGCGACGUGCUCGUGUGGACCAACGAGCGGCUGCAGCGCUGGCUCGCCGCCAUCAACCUCAAGGAGUACGCGGCGAACCUGUCGGAGAGCGGCGUGCACGGCGCGCUGAUCGCGCUGGACGACAACUUCGACCAUCCACAGGAAUGUCUGAAGCUGGUCUCCGAAUGUAUCAGUUGA